CCACGUUCUGUCACCAACGAACUCCAAGCCCCACGUCCAAAUUCGUGAAGCUUGCAAUCACAAUUUCUUCACCUCUCAACUCACCGUCCUCGAGAUCGUCUUGCUUUAAGGACAUCACAAUCCGUCUUCCUCUCCCUUGACCUCCGUAAACUAAUAAUAGGUGACACACCACACCCCCAUCCUAUGCUCUAAACCCAACGCCCCCUCAACAAACGCAACCAUGACCAGCCCCAAGAUCGCCCAGGCGCUGUCCCAGCUGCAAGCAGGAGGAGACGCAGCCUCGCACCUCGAAACCAUCCUCUCCGACCUGAAGACCCUCUCGACGCCCGAAACCAUCUCCGCGGACCUCUGCGCCGUCGCCGACGCCAUCCUCUCGCCGAACGCGCACCUAGGCGUCGUAGCCCAGCGCACGCUGAUCGAGCGCCUCGUGUCCGCCGUCCGCGCCCUCGAGCAGCCGGACCUGUGGAUCGGCGUGGGCGAGCACAUCCUCGCCGUGCUCUCCGCGUCCGCGAGCAGCGCGAGCGCCGGCGACCCGACCACGACGACGACCUCGGGCACCUUCCUGGAGCAGACGGUGCAGCUGCGCGAGCUGCUCGCGGACGCGCACGAGGCGAACGAAGACCACAUCCUCGCCGCGCGCGCCCUCUCCGAGAUUCCCUUAGACUCGUCCUCGCGCCGCGUCACCCCCGAGCAGCGCGUCGCCGUCUGGGUCCGCAUCGUGCGCAACUACCUCGAGGUAGACGACACCACGACGGCCGAAACCUACCUCAACAAGCUCAAGAACGUGAUUUACCAGGUGUCCGACCCGACCCUGAACCUGCACUUCCGCCUCUCGCAGGCCCGCAUCCAGGACGCGAAGCGCGAGUUCCUCGCCGCGAGCCAGGCCUACCACGACAUCAGCCUCUCGGCCGCCGUCAGCGAGGACGAGCGCCUGCACACGCUCGCCAUGGCCGUCAAGUGCGCGAUCCUCGCGCCCGCCGGCCCCCUGCGCAGCCGCGCCCUCGGCCGCCUGUUCAAGGACGAGCGCGCCGCCUCCCUGCCCGAGUUCGGCAUGCUCGAGAAGAUGCUGUUCGACCGCCUCUUGGCGCCCGCCGAGGUGCGCAAGUUCGCCGAGGGCCUGGCCCCGCACCAGCUCGCGCUCACCGCGGACGGGACCACGGUGCUGGCGCGCGCCGUCGUCGAGCACAAUCUGUUGGGUGUCUCACGAUUGUAUAGUAACAUCGGGUUUGACGACCUGGGCGUGCUGCUCGGUCUGGACGCUGAUAAGGCGGAGGAUACGACGGCGAAGAUGAUUGAGCAGGGCCGGCUUGUGGGCAGUAUCGACCAGAUCGACCGCGUUAUCUGGUUCGAGGGCGGAGAGGCUUCGGGAGAGAAGGGCAGCGGACGGGCUGAGGUGAAGGUGGGACGGGAGAUGCGGCGGUGGGAUGCUAAUGUGCAGAGCUUGGCCGAGGAGGUUGAGAACGUGACGAACGCGCUGCAGCGAGAGUUCCCUGAGUUCGUGCUCGAGAAUCUCGUGGUGGGAUAAGCCUGGAAUGACGAGCAAAGCAAGGCAAGGCAAGGUACGAAAGGUAUUGGCGUAUGAGGAGGAAUGAGGAAUGAUUGAUCACUUGGUGUGUCUGGCGUUACCUAAUGAAUGAAUGCAUAGAUACGGCGUCAAGGGAAGACUAUGCUGUAAAUCGGCACAUGAGUUUAUGAACUAAAAAAGCAAAUUCGAGUUACUCAACGAGAUAUAUCUUAAUGGGUGGCCUGUCAUUGAACAAUAGU